GAUUAUUAGAAAUACAGUACUUCGAGUUCAGCUCAGCAGGCAUAGUUGAGGACGGGAGGCGGGGCCACGGCGGUGAGCGGUGGUUAACAUGGAGAGAGCGCCGGCGGAGGAUCGGCCGGUGGCACGCGGUGGAGAGGACGAGCCGACGGGGUCCAGCCGCACCAUGGAGCGCGUGGCCGCCGCGAAGAAAAUUAUCGAGAACGGCUACCGCGAGCGCAUGAAGAACCUCCAGCAACGCAACGAGAGACGAUUAGUUUUGGAACAACAGCUAGCUUCUUCACAAGUUUCUAUGGAGGAGAAAAUAAGAUUAAAAGAGGAGUUGCAGAGGAAGGAGACUGAAUACAUGAGACUUAAAAGACAUAGAAUAUGUGUGGAUGAUUUUGAGCUGCUCACCAUCAUCGGGAGAGGCGCUUAUGGAGAGGUUCAUCUAUGCCGGGAAAAAUCCUCUGGUAACAUUUAUGCAAUGAAAAAACUAAAGAAAUCUGAAAUGCUUGUCAAGGGUCAGGUGGAGCAUGUUAGAUCUGAAAGGAACUUGCUGGCUGAAGUUGGUAGCCACUGCAUUGUGAAGCUAUACUAUUCUUUCCAAGAUGCUGAGUGCCUUUAUCUUAUCAUGGAGUACCUUCCUGGAGGUGAUAUGAUGACCCUCCUAAUGAGAGAGGAUACAUUAACUGAAAAUGUGGCUCGAUUCUAUAUUGCUGAGACUGUUCUUGCCAUCGAGUCUAUCCAUAAACAUAAUUAUAUCCACAGAGAUAUUAAGCCUGAUAAUCUGCUUCUCGAUAAGAAUGGCCACAUGAAGUUGUCAGAUUUUGGAUUGUCCAAGCCAAUUGACUGUUCAAAAAUUUCAACCUUGAACGAAGAUGAACCUAUGACUGAUGAAAAUCUUAGGGAGUCAAUGAACAUAGAUAGUUCUCUCUCUGAUACAUCAAAUGGUAGAAUGUGGAGAGGACCAAACGAACCGCUUCAGCACUGGCAGAAGAACAGAAGAAAAUUGGCAUUUUCGACUGUUGGUACGCCUGAUUAUAUUGCUCCAGAGGUUCUACUGAAAAAAGGAUAUGGAAUAGAGUGUGACUGGUGGUCCCUGGGUGCAAUCAUGUAUGAGAUGCUUGUUGGGCAUCCACCGUUUUAUUCUGAUGAUCCAAUAACUUCAUGCAGAAAGAUUGUGCACUGGAGAAGCUAUUUGAAAUUUCCAGACAAUUCAGGGCUGUCUCCUGAAGCUAAGGAUCUGAUUUGUCGGUUCUUAUGUGAUGUGGACCACAGGAUUGGCAGUGGAGGGGCUGACCAAAUAAAGGCUCAUACUUGGUUUCGUGGAGUUGAAUGGGAUAGACUUUAUGAAAUGGAUGCAGCAUUUAAGCCUCAAGUAAAUGAUGAACUGGAUACACAGAAUUUUCAGAAGUUUGACGAAGCAGACCCUGCUCUAGCAAACACAGGUUCUGGUUCCUCAAGGAAGAUGAUUCUUGAUUCUAAAGAUCUUAGCUUUGUGGGGUAUACAUUCAAAAACUUUGAAGCUGUGAAAGGCUUGCAUCAGCCUGCAGAUCUUCAAAGAAGCUCCUCAUUCACAAACAAGCCACCUAGUGGUUCCGCAUCUGAUACAUCUGAUAUGGAUUCAUCAGCAUAACCCACUGGAAGGGGUACAAACAUGCAUACUGUUCCAUCUGUCGACCAUAUGAUGUGUUGGCCUUCGUGAUGUGGUUUCAUCCUAGAUGACCUGCUUGUUUUUGGUCAGGUGCAUAUUUAUCGCUAGCAAGCAUUUUGUUGUAGUUGUAGAAAUUAGGCAGCAUGUUGAGUUGAGGACUAAACAACAGCAUAUUUACCGGGCUUGAUCAGAUAUGGUACUAUAAGAUGUUCCGGCUUAAGCUGAGAUGGGCGGAUAUUCCCUUCUUGGCGCUCUUUGCCCAGGUUGGCAGAUUUUUGCCUUCCCUUUGGCAAUUCGUAACAUGCCAACAAUAAAAAAGAAAGGGUGCUUGCGGUAGUCUAGCCAUCGACAUCGUUGCUUGCAGUUACGACAUAUUUUUUCAGUUCCAACUGGCUGAUGCUUUGAUAUGAAUCGGAUGAUUUCCUGUUGGAACCCUGUUAUCUAGGAUCUGACCCAGGUUAUUUCGAGUUCCAAGCAUGUUUAUUUCUCUGGACAUGCAAAGUGUGUUAAUUUGUAGAAUGUGUGUCGAUGACAUGUAUACGAUUAAGUUGGACGGAGUCAGUGAUGCUUUUGCUGUGA